UGCUGUCAAACUGCAGCUAGCAUAGCCGCUCUCCCCAUUCAGCCGAGAGAGAGCUAACCUGCUAAUCCACCAAGUUUCCUCAGAAUGUCAGCGGUGGAAGAAAUGGAAAAUACGUCAAACUCGGUGCUGGAGGAGCCGGAGGAGGAGAAGGGGAGCAGUGAAUAUGUGGAAGGAGAAGCGGACAUGGAGGAGGAUGAGCCCGUGAGGGGAGGAUAUCUGUUUUAUAGGGACAGGAAAGAAUGGGCAGAUCUGGAACCUGUUCCUCAGGACGAUGGACCAAACCCUGUGGUGAAAAUAGCUUAUUCUGAUAGAUUCACAGAUGUGUAUGACUACUUCAGAGCUUUGCUGAAGAAUGAUGAGAAAAGUGAUCGAGCUUUUGCACUGACUGCUGAAGCUAUUGAUUUGAAUGCAGCAAAUUACACUGUAUGGCACUACAGGAGAAUACUGCUUCAGGCUUUGGAGAAAGAUUUGAGAGAAGAAAUGAUAUAUAUCACAGCAAUUAUAGAAGACCAACCCAAGAACUACCAAGUCUGGCAUCAUCGACGCAUGGUGGUUGAGUGGCUUAAUGAUCCAUCGGAUGAGCUGCAAUUCAUAGCAGAGAUCCUCAGUCAGGAUGCCAAGAACUACCAUGCAUGGCAGCACAGACAGUGGGUCAUUCAGGAGUAUAACCUGUGGGAUGGUGAGUUAGAGUAUGUUGAGGAGCUGCUGGAAGAAGAUGUGAGGAAUAAUUCUGCCUGGAACCAAAGGCACUACGUCAUCAGUCACACCACCACAUACUCACCUCCUGAAAUACUGGAACGAGAAGUGCAGUACAGCAUAAAACAGAUCAAGAAAGCACCUCACAAUGAAAGUGCCUGGAACUAUCUAAAAGGGAUUCUGCAGGCUAAAGGGCUGUCGUCGUACCCUGGGCUGCUGGAGCAGGUUGAGGAGCUGCGGGAGACCUACUGUUCUCCGUAUCUGCUUGGAUUCCUGGUGGACUAUUAUGAGGAUGCACUCGAGACCAACAACAACAAAUACAAUCAGACAGAAACUCUUAACAAGGCCUUGGAGCUGUGUGAGCUGCUCGCCCAGGAGAAGGACACGAUUCGCAGGGAAUACUGGCGAUAUGUGGCUCGCUCCCUUCAGAGCAAGUACGGCUCAGGAGAAAUCUCUUCCCCAUCUUCCUCCAACCCCACCCCUAUGGAGCAGCAGGAGACCCCCAGCAGUGACUGAGAGGAGGAUAAAAAACCGCGAGUGGGUAACAGGUUGAAGAGACUCUGACUUUGUGUUCGUGCAGCCUGGUUUUACCACAUUGGUAAAUCCUUUUAUGUAAUAGCUCUUGCAAGUCAAGGGAGGCUGGAUAGCCUCCGAGUAGUCACGUAACAAGACUGAAAAGACUGCAAAAGAAGCAAAGCAGUCAUAGUUUACUAGCAGGUAUGGAGUAUGUAAAGAGUUCGGAUGUUUAAAACUAUGGAUAAUGGUUGCAGGCACAGCAGUUAUUGGUCUACAUCCAACCUCUGAAGAGGAAUGAGGUAAAUAGAUGGGGUGGGGGUUGGGGAGGGGGGUGUUGUCAUUUAGCAAAGGAACUGUACAUGCAGUAACUAAUGCUGCAGAUUUGACAAAAGAAUUGCCAAAACAUGAAUUCACUAAACCGUAUUUCAGAAUCCUGCAUCGCUCCUAACUGUAUUGUUUUUCUUUUUUUUUUUUUUGUACGCUUAGAAUAAAUAACUGCAUUAACUGUAAGUUAAUAAACUGGAGGCUUCAUGUUC